CACAGGUGAUCUGGGACUGUUGAUCCCGGGUUCGUCCCACUGCGCCUGCGUCCCGCGGCACGCUGAGAGACAAACAGAGCAGCUAUUGUUAGCCGAGGACCAGCCAGCAGGUUGUGUCAGAGUUUAUCCCGACCCACAACUCCAACCACCACCACCACCACCACCACCUACCUGCUGAAUAUUCACGCCAUUAAUUCACACAGAGCGACACUGUCGAAGAAGUCAAAUCUGAGCUGAGUGUUUUGGGGACAGGUGAGGAAAGGAAAGAAGGAAGUAAACACGACCGCCGGGACUGGAACUCAACAGGUUGGAUACUUCAAUGUUAUAGCAGAGGGUCGGACUUUUUUUAUUCUUAUAAAUUUCCACUAACAAAAAACAACAACAGAAGAAAAAAAGAGAAAAGAAAAUGCCGCUGGGACCAUGGAGGAAGAAAAACAAAUCGACGAAGGAGCAUUUGGUGGAAAACGAGGAGGUCAGCGGCGGACACGCAGGUGUCGGCAGCUUGAGUAAAUCCACCGUGAACGGAGCCGGGCUGCCGCCUCCACCUGCCAACCAGCGGCCCAAGCUGGUCUUCCACACGCAGCUGGCUCACGGAAGCCCCACGGGCAGGAUCGAGGGAUUUUCUAACGUGAAAGAGUUGUACGCGAAAAUAGCAGAGGCGUUUAAUAUAACCCCACCUGAGAUUCUGUUCUGCACCCUCAACACCCACAAGAUCGACAUGGACAAGCUGCUCGGGGGUCAGAUAGGCCUGGAGGAUUUCAUUUUCGCCCACAUCAAAGGGAUCAGGAAGGAGGUGGAGGUGUAUAAAUCCGAAGAAGCUCUCGGCCUCACCAUCACCGACAACGGAGCGGGAUACGCUUUUAUUAAGCGUAUCAAAGAAGGCAGCGUUGUGGACGGGGUGAAGGUGAUCAACGUGGGCGACCACGUGGAGUGCAUCAACGGACGUAACAUCGUCGGGACGCGGCAUUAUGAGGUCGCCUGCAUGCUUAAAGAGCUGCCCAAAGACAAGUCCUUCACCCUCAAACUGGUCGAGCCCAUGAAGUCCUUUGAAAUGCUUGAGCCCAGGUCAAAAGGUGCCAAACCUGCCAGUGAAAACAAGAUCGGCACAGGAAGGGGGACCCUGAGACUUCGCUCCAAGGGCCCGGCUACUGUAGAGGAGGAGCCGACAGAAUUCGAGGAGAAGGCGAUAAAGAAAGUGGAUGACCUCCUGGAGAGCUACAUGGGCAUCAGAGACACUGAACUUGCUGCUACGAUGGUCGAGGUCGGCCGGGACAAGAAGAAUCCGGACGAGUUCGCCAUGGCGUUGGACGAGACCCUCGGAGACUUUGCCUUUCCCGAUGAGUUUGUCUUUGACGUCUGGGGCGCCAUUGGAGACGCCAAGCAGGGAAGAUUUUAAUUUUGCUCCAGCCUCCUCCCCUCCAAACACACACACAUACACACACAAACACAAACACACACACUCCCUCCUUCCCUCAAUCCCCCUCUUAAUAUCCUCAGAAGCAAACUGGACAAACUUCCAACCUGCUCAAGCGGACGCAGAUGAAGUGUUCACAGGUUUAGGAUGGAGCGCCUUAAAGCGUCAAGCGGGUUUUUACAGAUGGAAGUUAACAUUUCAGCGUUUCAGUGUAAUCUUGUAAAGAUAUCCAUGAAAUGUGGAAUGCAGUUUUUUAACACUGGACCUGCCUCCUGCGGUCUGCGAUGAAUUCCAGAUGUCGUAUAAACCCGUUUGAGACACGAUGUAGCUGCAUCCUAAAAGCUCAUGAUGCUGUUCUACUGUCUAGUCGACAGUGGUCUAUCACACUGGUUAUGAAAUGGUAUGUGCACAACUUUAAAAUUUUAAAACAAUCACCUGGUUUUUAAUCACACUUUAUAGCUGUGUCAUUUUGAAUAUUCAGAUGUAUCACACAGCUUUUUAUAGGCUUUUUUUUAUAUAUAUAUAUGUGAAAGUGCUGCUGAUUUUACAGCAGCAGCAUUGUGUAAUUAGUGUAAUUAUAGUGAUCGUAGCAAUAUUUUCUCUCUUAUUUCCCCUCCCGUCUUUUAAAGUCUUUUAAACGACCUCACGAUGUUGGAGCUUUUUUGGCCGUGUUCACACAUCGCUAAUGUUUGUUUACUUUGUGAUUUUCUUAAAGACUCUUCUUCUCUAACGCUCAGAGACAGAGAGUUUGUUUAUGCCUUUAGCAAAGUUCGACUCAUCACACCAACAUUCCUUACGUUUCUCAUGUUGUUAUAGUCUGUUAACGUCACAUUAAUUAGAAAUGGACGCUUGUUUUUUUUUCUUCCUCCCUGUAAUUUAUUUUAUCAUGAAAAUCAUAUGCUGUAAGACAUUUUUACACUGAGACGUGGCUCGCCCUUUCUUUCCUGAAUAAGCCAUUUUGAACGCUGGGUUUGGGAUCACUCGCAAUCCGACGUCUUAAACAAAUGCACUCGCAUUAAUGUAACUGCACUAUUUAAAAAUCACUGUCAAACUGAUGUUUUAAAUAGCGACUUGAUUCGUGUCAUCUACUGAUAACUGUUGUAACAGUUGCAUAUUGUUUGACGGAAAACCAUAAGGGAUCACUAUUGUUGGAUAGACAAUAAAAUCUACUGUUAUUUACAGCCGUGUCUGGCUCACCGAUGUAAUAACCAAUAAACACAAAACGACUCAGUACAACAAACUUUUAUUUCGCACACUUGGCUGUGUACAUGUAUAAAAUACAUCAAGACACUUAACCCAAUGUUUUUCAUCCCUCAUUCAAAGAGUUUUAAAAAGAACCGAGUGUCACUUCACGAGCAGCAAAACAGAGAACAGGAGAAAACAAGUAUGUAGAUAUAGAUAUUACGGUAAUUAUAGGAUUAAAUGAAGAAUUAAUUAUUUUUAAAGACAGUGGAGAAGAGAAAAUCAGAAGUACAGUCCAUGUUGUUGCAGUUCAUGGUAAAUAUUGUCACAGAUACUGUAGAGGAUCUUUGGAAGCACAUCACUGAAGGUGUUAAAUUAUUUAUCUUGACUGAUGUGAAAUACUGUAUCGUUGCUGUCAGUGCAGGGGAAACAUAACUCUACUGGUUAAAAUGAAUUUCACAGUCGUCUACAGCAUGAAAAAGAACUUUCAUGGAUUAAAAAAAAAAAAUGACAUGUGGAGAACUUGGCAAGCAAAUGAGUUAAUAACAGUUAACCUGGCUAUCGUGAGUUAGUUAUAUCCUCUACAGACAGUAAGUACAGUACAUGGCAUUUAAUUAUCAGUAGAUUAUCAAUAUACAGGUCGUAAAACAAAGACAGGGAGACGUCGUCGUAGGGG